UGUCAAAAAAUGCUCCAGAAGAAUCAAUUUUCUCAGAACGAUUACCGGAUUCUGGUGGGGUGCGCACCCAUCAGACAUCCUUAAGCUGUACAAGACAACGAUACUGUCCGUCUUGGAGUAUGGAUGCAUAUGCUUCCAUUGGGCAGCCAAGACGCAUCUGAUCCGUCUAGAACGCAUCCAGUAUCGUUGUCUGAGAAUCGCAUUGGGCUGUAUGAAAUCAACCCACACGAUGUCGCUCGAAGUGAUGUGUGGAGUGAUGCCGCUAGCGCUCCGUUUUGAGCUACUCUCGCUUCGCCUUCUCGUACGCUCUACUGUCUCAAACCCAUUGAUAAUCGAGAACUUCAACACACUGCAUGAGAUAGGAUCUAAAUGCAAAAUCAUGAACACAUAUCAUGAUUUUGCCUCUUUACAGGUACACCCUAGCAGUCCAGAAAAUGUAAAUCGUGCCAGCUUGCCAGGGUCCUGCAGUUCUCGUUUUAUAGUAGAUACCUCUUUUAAAGAGGAUACAAAGUCUAUCUCCGAUAGUCUUCGCAGGACGACAAUUCCCAGCAUUUUUGUGGAAAAGUAUGGCCAUUUGAACCGAAACCAAUUUUACACAGACGGAUCCUCCUCAGAGCAGGGCAUCGGUUUUGGCGUAUAUAACAUCGAUUCCGAAGCAUUUUUUCAACUACGCCGACCAUGCUCAAUAUAUAUAGCGGAGCUCGCCGCAAUCUUUUACGCCUUAUUGAUCAUAAGUGCUUGUCCUCCAGACGAAUAUUUCAUCUUCUCCGACAGCUUAAGCGCUGUCGAAGCACUAAAGUCUGUGAAGGCAAUUAAGAGCCCUGACUACUUUGUGAAAGAAAUUUUAAAGGUCUUAAGCUCCUUGUUUGAAAAAUCUUUCCGAAUAUCUCUUGUUUGGUUGCCCGCUCAUUGCGGUAUUCUAGGCAAUGAAAAGGCAGAUCAAUUGGCCAAAAAGGGCGCUUCGGAAGGGUCUCUUUUUGAUAGGCCUAUCCUACCUCACGAGCACAUGCGUGCCCCACAAUCUCUCUGCAUGGCUCGGUGGCAGAGUAUGUGGGACACAGAUGAGCUUGGGAGGUUUUUAUAUUCGAUCACUCCCCAAGUUAGCUUGAAGCCCUGGUUCCAAGGCAUCUCAGGAGAUCGUGCGUUCAUUCGAAUGAUGUCUAGGCUUAGGUCUAACCAUUUCGGACGGGCCGACUCCAAAACAUGUGGCUGUCGGCUUCGGAUACCAUGACGUAGAUCAUAUUCUAUGGUCUUGUCUGGAGUACGAGGCAGCACGACCCUCCUUAUUGGACGCAGUUCGGGACAUCGGCAGAACGCCCAAUGUUCCAAUUCGAGAUCUGCUGGGGGGCGGGGAUGAUGCCUACCUGAGGGCUAUUUUUGAGUUCUGCCGAGCGAAUGGUAUUGUAGUUUAGUACCUUACCUUCUUUCCUUCCACUCCUACUGUUUGUCUGUUAUACGUGUUGUAUCUCGCUUGUGUGUAUGAUGAUGAAUGACUGAUUGAAUGAAUGAAUGUAUGAAUGAGUGCGAUAAUAGAGGGGCUUGGUAUGGCAUAGACGGAAUAUCCAGGAUGAUCCAGGACCAAAACUACACCGUUGUAAUGGCGUGUUGCAACGGUCAAAGAAAGCAGACAAGCCAGAGGGAUGGAAGAACGCUGGAUCUCGACACGCAGAAAACUGACGAUGGCAUAUCCCAAAAAUAAACGGGAUGAGAUGAUCACCAACGAUACCGACCCUCGCAACCAACACUACCACGACUACUGGAUGACGGAUACAUAUCAACCGAGCUCACCCGGGAUAAGGUGCCCUUUCACGGUUUGGAGAAGGAAAUGUUUCCAAACCAGCGUGAAUUGUACCUAUUUUUGUAACUUAGCUUUAAGCAAUACGGCCAGGCCGUUCUUUAUGAAUAAAAAAAAAAAAAAAAAAAAAAA